AUGCGAGAAAUCGAGCAGAAACGUAUAACAGUGUUUGUGACAGUAGGAACAACGUUAUUUGACGCUCUUGUCAAAGCUGUUGAUACUGAACAAGUUAAACAUGAGUUGCUGCGAAGAGGAUACACCCACCUUCUCAUUCAAAUUGGUCGAGGGUCCUACUCCUACUCCUACAUUCCCCACAAGUGUGAAGGGGAAGGUGGAUCUCUUGUGGUUGAUUAUUUCACUUUCUCAUCAAGCAUUGCAGAACAUCUUAGAUCGGCAUCUCUUGUCAUCAGUCAUGCAGGGUCAGGGAGCAUAUUCGAGACUUUACGGCUUGGCAAACCUCUCAUUGUAGUGGUGAAUGAAGACCUGAUGGAUAAUCAUCAAUCUGAACUUGCGGAAGAACUAGCUGAGAGGAAGCAUUUAUACUGCGCAAGUCCUCAACUGUUGCACGAGACGAUCACGGAUAUGAAUUUGGAGUCUCUCCUUCCGUAUCCUGCUGGAGAUGCCAAGCCUGUGAUUACUUUAAUUAACAGAUUUCUAGGUUUCCCAGAUGAUUGA